CGUCGUCGCGUCGCCGCGAAGAUGUUUUACGUGCGGAGCCUCGCGCGGUCGUCGAUCGCCCUGAAGCAGGUAUCAGGUAAUGACGCGGUGCGGAGCGUGCUGGCGCGCGGUGCGCCGGCGGUCGCGCACGCGACAGCGCUGGGACAGCCGCGCCGCGGUUACGCCGACCACCAGAUCCCGGACCGCCUGAAGAACGUGCCCGAGGCGCCGAACCCCAAGUUCUUCGACAUGGUGGAGUACUUCUUCCACCGUGCCUGCCAGGUCAUCGAGGACAAGCUGGUCGAGGAUAUCGACAAACGGUCGCGUAUCACCAUCGAGGAGCGCCAGAAGAAGGUCAAGGGUAUCCUGAUGUUGAUGGAGCCGUGCGACCACAUCCUCGAGACCACGUUCCCGCUCAGGCGCGACUCCGGUGACUACGAAAUGAUCACCGGCUAUCGCGCCCAGCACUCCACUCACCGCACCCCCUGCAAGGGAGAAUUGUUCGUGUGAUUGCCUCAAAUGGCAGUUGUGUGGUCUACUCAAGAUGAUUUAUGUACCAAUCUUGCGGGUAUACGUUAAACACAGAGCACGAGAGAGAGACAGAAAGAGAGAGUAUUUUAUGGCUUCCACUGCUUACGGCUUCAGCCUUGAGAACCAACGAAGCAAAUGUCUGAUAAAAGCGUUUGAUAGAAUCACGGGCACUGGAGAGCGAGUCGUAUUACGAAAACACUCUGAACAGCUCAGUAUCCUAGUGCAAGUCUUUUAUCACGAUAACGUACAAUUUUUGUCUUCUUCUUCUGCCCGGAAUGUGAUAGAUUAAAAUAAAUUUUUUGAGCGGAAAGAUAGGAAAAGAUAGUAGAAUGAACAAAGUAUAUAUCCUUCAAUUUUCUUUUCUCUUAAAAGAUAAUUACUUCUCUUCAUUAUGUUUCUUCGCAAAAAUCUUUACGAAAUAUUACGUGCGUAGUAUAUUAUAUUUGAGACUUUAGUCUGAGUGCUUUGAACAAUGAGAGGAUUAGCUACCUUGAUUGCACCACAUGUGCUACAGCUCUGUCUAUGCAAAACUGAAAGACAGCUCACGAGUCUCACGUUACGUUGCUGAUGAAUAAAACUGGGCGUUUCUACGCUCUCGUAUUCAUCAGUUGCUCCCAUCCGUUGCGCUCAUCAAUCGAUUCAAAGCAUGAUACAUAAAGACACAACAAUACAUAACUUUGAAAGAA